GUAGAAGUAUUGCGCCGUUGGUGAUUACGGAAGAACCAGGAGCGUGGCGUGACCAUGGGGAAGCAAAAGAAAACAAGGAAGUAUGCGACCAUGAAGCGAAUGCUUAGUCUCAGAGAUCAGAGGCUUAAAGAAAAGGAUAGAUUAAAACCUAAAAAGAAAGAAAAGAAGGAUCCCAGUGCGUUAAAGGAAAGAGAAGUUCCCCAACACCCUUCCUGCUUAUUUUUCCAAUAUAAUACACAGCUGGGCCCACCUUACCACAUCCUCGUUGAUACCAACUUUAUCAACUUUUCCAUAAAAGCCAAACUGGACUUAGUGCAGUCAAUGAUGGACUGUCUGUAUGCCAAGUGUAUCCCUUGUAUAACUGACUGUGUAAUGGCUGAAAUUGAGAAAUUGGGGCAGAAGUAUCGAGUGGCUCUAAGGAUCGCCAAGGAUCCAAGAUUUGAACGAUUACCAUGUACACACAAAGGGACUUAUGCAGAUGACUGCUUAGUACAGAGAGUAACUCAGCAUAAGUGUUACAUUGUGGCCACAGUUGACCGGGACCUUAAAAGAAGAAUCCGUAAGAUUCCUGGAGUUCCUAUCAUGUACAUUUCUAACCACAGAUACAACAUUGAACGGAUGCCAGAUGAUUAUGGAGCCCCUCGAUUCUAAUUCUUAUAAGACACAAUUCCUCUACCUUUCUUCAACCAGCUUUCUCUUGUUGCCAGUUCAUUACACGAAAUGUAGUGGGAUUUUUAAGGAAUCAGAGAGACCGAUGGAGUUCAGGAAGAUAUUUAUUAUUUAGGUGCACUGGACCAGUUGGAUUAACAUCCAAAGGACUGAGCCCUGAACAAAGAGUUAAGUUACCUUUUAAGCAUUUUGUGGGGCGGCGGGGCGGGAUCUGUGCAGGGGGAAGCAUAUUAUAGAAGUGAGAAAGACAAUUAAUUGAGACAUGCAUUACAUCAUUUCUUUCUUUUCAAGGAAAAACAUGUUUUAUGACUUGAGUUUAUCUGUCUAGUUACCUUGCAGCUGCACAGCUAGAGAAACGGUAUUUACAAUGCCUGGGAAAGGAGGAGAGCUAAGGCUCACUAGCCACAGAAAAUAGGCAGUUAAUUUUUAAAGGACUCCAGCUCUUUCUCUUUCUCUCAGGGAUUUGGGUUCUCUUACAUACAACUGAGUUUCUGCUUACACAUUUUUAAAUUUCUUUUAAUUCCUUUUCCAGUGCAAUAGCAUGAAUUAUUAUUCUGUUGACCUAUUUGCCCUGUUAUGAGCUGAGGGUAGUUAGAUAUGCUCACUCUUUUUUUUUUUUUUUUUUUUUUUCUUGAGACGAAGUUUUGCUCUGUCACCAGGCUG